CGUUGAGGGGCGGGGAGGGGGCGGGCGUUUGUUGAAGAUCAAGGGGGGAACAGAGAGAUAAUGUUUAACAAAGAGCGCGAUAAAAACGUUUUACGGAGCCUCGGUAUGUUGACGAGGUAUCGACGAUACCGCAAGUAUCGGAAGAUCCUCUGAUUCCAAAGUUCUCGGUUUGCGUGUAAAAAGACAUUAAUAAUCAUGUUGAUUGUUUAACUGUUUCCUCUUCUGCUGUCGACUGUGAUUUCACAUAUACCAUUGAUGCAAGUUUAUGGACAAUUGCUUGCAACGAAUUAACUGAAAAAAAAACAAAACAAAAAUUGAUAAGUCUAAUUCACGCAAAGGCUGAUUAAUCAAAUAUAUUUACCUCGUUUUUACAUUUUAAGGGAGUAAUGAGAUCCUUUCUAUCGGUAUUAACGACUAAGUCUGUUGUUAGGUUGACAAAUAUUAACGACAAAGUGAUUUAAGGCUGUUAAUUGUUUUUCUUGUGAAAGUGAAUAGUCAUUGUUAAUAUUAAAUGUAAAAUAAUAAUUAGUGGAUGUUUAGAAAAAUGAAAGUAAAAUGGGGGAGAGAACGUGCUCGGAGCCAGCUGUACUCAUUUGUAAACGAAAUGGUAAAAGAACGGAAAGGGGAGGACCGUAGAUAAGACGGUUGUCUCUCCAAAUACAACGGGGUUUUGACGCUAAUGAUGCGGGAUUUAAACGCCAGUGCCUGCAUCGACCCGUACAAUGAUGGAGCGGUCGACUGGUCGGGAGCUGGAAUUGUUGGGACACUAGUUGUACUUGCCAUUAUCGAUGUCAUGGUUAUACUUGGUAAUGUUCUCGUCAUACUUGCUGUCUAUCAUACCAGCAAGUUGAGAAAUGUCACCAAUAUGUUCAUUGUGAGUCUUGCUGUUGCUGAUCUACUCGUUGGACUUGCUGUUCUACCUUUUAGCGCUACUUGGGAGGUUUACAAAGUAUGGAUAUUUGGGAGCAUAUGGUGUUCAGUGUGGUUGGCAGUUGAUGUAUGGAUGUGCACUGCGUCAAUCCUAAACCUCUGUGCAAUCAGUCUCGACAGAUAUCUCGCGGUCACUCGGCCCGUCAGCUAUCCUCAGAUAAUGUCGCCGAAGAGAGCUAGAUUACUGGUCGCUGCGGUCUGGGUUCUCAGCUUUGUCAUAUGUUUUCCACCGCUCGUUGGAUGGAAGGAUCAGAUGUCCUAUCCAUCGUGGAGUGACGCAGUACCCGAACGAAAUGGCCCGUUCAACAGCACGACGAUAGAUCUACGUGAAAAAAAGUGUCCGUGGAAAUGCGAGCUCACCAAUGACCCUGGUUACGUCGUGUACAGUGCACUGGGGUCGUUCUACAUACCAAUGCUAGUCAUGAUGUUUUUCUACUGGAGAAUCUACAAAGCCGCAGUGUCAACUACAAAGGCCAUAAAUCAGGGCUUUCGGACGACGAAAGGCUCCAAAAUGUUUGGCACGAGAUUUGACGAGCAACGACUGACCCUGAGGAUCCACCGUGGACGUGGUAGUGUCCACAACGGUGCUAACAGCAGUAGUAGCCCACGUAGUCCUGAAUCAAGUCGGAGUGCUUCUGUACGGAGAGACAAGAUCAAGAUAUCAGUCUCGUAUCCGAGCACAGAGACACUCAAUACCAAGUGCAAUACCCUUGAACGUACACCAUCAAAGUGUUCCCAGAUAUCAGUGCAUUACAGCAAUGGUCAGACGCUGAAUCAGCUCUGCACAACAUCCAGAAAUACUCAUCUUAAGGUUAGUGGGAUUAAUCGCGUGGGAAGCACCAGGAGACCUAGCCGUCGCAGUAGUUGCGAGAGUCAAGUAACUGGUGAUGAAGUUUCACUUCGUGAACUAACAAGUGCCAGUGAAGAGAAGCCACGUGUAAUGAAGAUGGGCAAGAGGAACAUAAAGGCACAGGUGAAGAGAUUUCGCAUGGAGACUAAAGCAGCAAAAACCCUCGGAAUAAUAGUGGGUGGUUUCAUACUCUGCUGGUUGCCAUUCUUCACAAUAUAUCUAGUACGUGCAUUCUGUCCAAAUUGUAUAAAUCCAACAGUCUUCAGUGUACUCUUCUGGCUUGGUUACUGCAAUUCAGCGAUAAAUCCAUGUAUCUAUGCCCUCUUCAGUAAGGACUUUAGAUUUGCAUUCAAGCGGAUAAUAUGCAAUUGUUUCUGCAAGAGAAACAGAAAUUCAUUGCGUCGUGGAAGUGACGGAAGCCAAUUGGCAACGAGAAACGACAGAAGCCCAAGUUAUUCGAUACGUGUACCACAGCAUGGUGUGUCUGUCGAGGACUCUGAUCCAGAUCCAAACUCCGAUCAUAAUGCACACUCACAGAGUGACUCUAGGUGACUGUAGCGUAAGCGGAGCCGCGUCUGUAAUCGCGUUCUCUUCGAUCGAAAAACCACAGUCGCGAUUGAGCUCUCGUGAGAGGUUCUGGGAGAAAUGCUCCCCGGAAAAAUGUUCCCCAAAAAAAAAACUCCGGAAACUGGCCCCAAAAUCAGAAAAUACAGUCUCUCGAUAUGAGCGAAAACACGAAAAAUAUGGAAAGAUACAAAAAAGAGUGUAUUUUGAGACGAGUGCGUAAAAGUGUUUUUUUCAGCACACUGUCCGUAAAAUGUCGUUUUACGGACCUUUGGCGUCUGGCGAAAAGAACUUUAUAUUACUCGGCCCGAAAUUAUAUUUUGGUUCGUCAUCAGCCAAAAAAGUAUUCCUCGGCUUCGUCUCGGUCUGCAAUCUUCACACUCGUCACAAAUAGUAUAUUUGGAUACGAGUGCGUAAAAGUAUUUUUUUCAACACUAUCCGUAAAAUGUCGUUUUACGGACACUUGGCGUCUGCCGAAAAAAACGUUAUAUUACUCGGCCCGAAAUUAUAUUUUGGUUCGUCAUCAGCCAAAAAAGUAUUCCUCGGCUUCGUCUCGGUCUGCAACCUUUACACUCGUCAGAAAUAGUAUAUUUCGAUACGAGUGCGUAAAAGUAUUUUUUUUCAGCACACUAUCCGUAAAAUGUCGUUUUACGGACACUUGGCGUCUGUCGAAAAGAACUUUAUAUUACUCGGCCCGAAAUUUUAUUUUGGUUCGUCACUCGUCAGAAAUAGUAAGAGGUAAGAGAGAUAGGAAAAUUUUUGUCAUGACCUUUUUUGUAGUCCCGAACUAGCUCUGCAAAAAAGGUUAUGACAAAAAUUUUCCUAUCUCUCUUGGAUUCCAAAAUAUUAAUCAAAAACUGGCCAGAAGUCAAAAUCUUGAUUUUCCGGGGAACAAGUACCCCCAGAUACCCUCGUGAGACAAAUUGCCAUUAAUUUUUUGGACAAUUCCCACUUUUCCAUCGUUGAACCGUACAUCUUGAGCGGGUGGAUCUCUAGUCUACUAUCCCCUGUAUUAAAUUAUUAAUGGGUGUCUCUCUGAAAUUGAAAAAAAAAAAUACACUCGCACGGAGAGAGCUGUUCCGAGAAUGAAUAUCUCAUGAGCGAAUGAAUCGCACUUCAUUUCGAGGCCCGAAAAAAUUGGCUUCAAAAUGAGAAAGAAAAAAAAAACGUUGGACUCUACUCCUGCCAAAAAAAUUGUUCUCCGUGCGGAGUGGCCUUUUCAUCGCGCGCUGUGGAUUUCUGAAUAAAAAAUAAAGACAAGACGAGUGCUUCGUUCUAAUUCUGUGUCUAUCGAGGGAUACGUCGCCGAUGCUAUCCGCAUUAAUAUGGAACGUGUUAAGUAUCUUCUCCCUGUACAUAUGAAUGUAUAUACUUCGUUUUAAAAAUCUGUUUGUUUUUUAUUAUGCUCCGGUGUUUAUUUGCACUGUAACAUGAAUAUAGACAAACUGUUAUUUAGGCGAGAAAGAGUGAGAGAGAGUGAGAGAGAGAACUAGGUGUUUCUAUUACAAGAAGAAAGAAAAUAACUGGACAAAUGUAUUCUGCUUUCGCGUACAAUAAUACUCAAUACGUAAAAGAGAAAGAGUGAAUAAAAUAUCACAA